AUGUCAUCAAAACCCGCGACGAAGCCCAUCGCCCUCCUCUCCGACCACGACUUCUUCCUCACCUGCGAUCCCCACCUCACCAAGGCCGAGCUGAUCCCCCGCGCCGAAUACGCCACGCUCAACCCGCCCCCGGCCGUGCCGGACCACGUCAAGCCCGAGCUCCGCGCCAGACCGCAGCCCAGCUCCAACUCCAGCUCCGGCUCCGGCUCAUCCGGCUCAAGCCAAGACGAGGGCGAGGCGCCGGAAACGGUACCCGAAUGCUACCGCGUCACGGACAUCGUGCAUGCCAUCCCCGCGGGGAUAUGGGACACCAAUGUGGUGAGCGUUUUUGAGAUUACGGAUAUUGAAGACGGGUGGUUUGUGCGCAUUAGGAGCCCGCUGUCGGUGGUGAUGGAGACGUUUUGGCGGGUGAGGGAGGUUGCUGGUGCUGGUGCUGGUGCUGGAGAAUCCGGGGGCGAGGGUGAUGAGGGUGGUGAGGGUGAGGCGGGGCCGGGGUUGGAGUUGGUGGAGGAAAUUACGAUUAGUUGCUCAAGGUUGUUGAUGGGGAUUGUGAAGUCGCAGUGUGAGAAUGAUUGGAAGCAGAUUCAUGGGAAAAUGGUUGCGAGGUUGGUUGGGGAGGGUGAGAAAUAA